GCAAACCAAAUAUUCUACUCUCAACUUCAACUUAUCUUCGCUUGUCCUUUAUACUAAUUAUCAGUAAUAUUAAGUGAUUUAUAUUUCAUUUAUUUCGGUCUUUACUCUUUAGCAUUCAUUGAAGUGACAAUAUGCACCAGUUGUUUCAUGUUUCCUUUUCAAUAGUCAUAUCCAUGUUAGUGAUUUCUUAACCUGGUAUGCCAUCAAAUGUACUUUAUGAACGUGAGUAAUUGGUUUGUUUCUAUGUUGGGCUCUGUAUUCUAUUAUGUACAGUCUACGUGUAACUGUGAUUCUUAUAAACAAUGAAAGGUGGAACUGUGUUCAUUGUUACUUAAGUUUCAUAGAGAAGAGGGCAUGGUGCUUAUUUGCACCGAGUUAUCUCACAACUCAAUUGAACUUAAACAAAUUAAUCAACACAUGAGAACAGCUUUAGGUCUGGUAUUAAAAAAUUGGGAAAAUUGGAUGCAUACCAUCAAAAGAUUGCAUGUUUGGCAAUGUACCAUUAAAAGAUCGUUUCUUUGCUAUAUACCAUGGAAAGAUCACAACGUUGUGAUUUGUAGCAUUUCUGUUAACUUUGCUAACGCCAUCCGUUCCACCUGCUCCUCUCCGUCCCAACCGCCGCCGCCGAAGAUGGGGGAGGGCACUUCCUGAGCGACAACGACGCCGCCGAGGUCGACGCGGUCUGCGGCGGGGAGGUCGACCACUGCGACGUCGGCAAGAUGGAGCACGGGUGCGAGCAUUACCGGCGGAGGUGUAAGAUUGUGGCGCCGUGCUGCAAGCAGGUGUUCCCCUGCCGCCACUGCCACAACGAGGCCACGGUGAGCGGCUGCCCUGCUGCUGCCUGUGUCGGGCCCGUCCGCUGCCGAAUCGAGUCCCGCCACCUCGAGCUCCAUCGCGGCCGCAUCGGCGUGAGGAGGCUGCUCCUCGCCGCGCUCGUCGACCUUGGCGCCUUCACCAACAUGCCGCCAUCCGCCGGCAUCGACCCGCUCGCGGCUCCCCUGCCCUCCGCCCGCCGCGCUCCUGCCCGGUCGUUGUUCGCUGUGCCCCUGGUCGCUGCGCAACUCGCCGCGGGCUCAUCUGUGCCGAGGUCCUUCGCGUCACCGUCAUCGCGAGGCGGCCGCUCCUCGCUGAGCACGCGCCGUACGCGGACAGCUGCCAAGGUCGCCGUCAGCAGGGAGACCGCUGGAUUCUUCUCACCUCGCUCAUGUCCUCCCUGAGACGGGCCCCCGCUGCCCCAGCGGCCUUCGCCUCCCGGGCAGGCAGCGGCGAGUGCCAGGCAUGCUCCUGCGCCCCUCCCCAUGUACGCGCGUAUGCCCCAAGUUCGACGCCAUCCUUGCCUGCUGCGUGCCCGUGUUCUUCGUGCACGGGUGUCUUUGAAGAAGACGACUCAAGAACGGAGAUACAACGGGAUGUUAGCGAAGUUCUUGUAAAUGAACAUCGCAUACCUCCCGGAGAACGUACUAUCUUACUCUCUGGUUCAGGAUAUCUUGAGAGCUCUAAGCAGCAUGUCAGGCAGCUUUGGACUUCAGUCAAACAACC